CUGUGGGGCUGUGUGGGGCAGAGCAGAACAGCCCUGACUUGUUCAGGAGCCCGCACCAGGAUCGCUGCGGCUGGGAAGCAGCAACAUAUAAACCACAUGAUGGCAUUUAAUCUGGCUGACCUGUUUUCCACUGCCCAAUUCUACCAGCUGCCAACUUCAGAUAUGCAAUUCCAAUGAGUCGACCUCAUGAGGCAGACACGGCGUUAUUAAUUCUUUUCCUGAUUUGCUGCAUGAAGUUAUGAGAGAAGUGACAUGAAGAGAGGCCCAGUGCUGUUUUUUGCUCUAUUUCUUGUCCCCAAGGUCCGAGGUGCUGCUCCAAACCCAAUGGAAUGCCAGGAGAGUGAGUAUCUGGACGAGCACAGGAAGUGCGUUCCUUGCAGGGAGUGUGGCCCAGGAUGGGAGCUUUCCAAGGAGUGUGGCUAUGGUGAAGGAAGGGAUGCGCAGUGCACUGCUUGCCCUCCCAGGCGGUUUAAGGACAGCUGGGGGUUCCAUGGUUGCAAAACUUGUCUUUCCUGCCCCCUCAUCAACCGUGUCCAGAAAUCCAACUGCACUGCCACUUCCAAUGCAGCCUGUGGGGAAUGUCUGCCAGGGUUUUACAGUAAAACCCGGAUUGGCGGGCUGCAGGAUCUGGAAUGCAUCCCCUGCACAAAGCAGACUCCUUCCUCUGAGCCUCAGUGCAGCUCCAGGACUACCCUGGUGAAGGUAGUGAUCCCCACAGUACCUCCCCAGGACACCGCCCUCCUAGUGCUAACCAGCAGUGCGCUAGUCAUCAUUGUGUUGGUGCUGCUGGCACUCGCUAUCAUCUGCUGCAAGCGCUUCUGGAAGAGCCAGUGUCAGCAAGUGUUUCUGAGGACCCAGAGUUUCUCGGCCCAGAGGGUGAUGUUCCGGGCCUCAGCCAUGCCAAGCAGGUUUCCCUGUGAGGAACAGAUGUCUAGUCCCUGCUGCUUGGGUGUGAAGAACCUGAGCCCUUGCUCCGGGCAAGCCGAAGGUCCCGUUGAACCGGUCCAGUUCAUUUCGAAUGGUGAAGCCAUAGGCCUGCAGAUCCCUGCUCUCCAGCCCAAUUUGGAAGCGAUUGCUGUCAGCCCCAAUCCCAAAUCCCAGCUGGCGAGGAGUGUCUUGGAGACCCAACCCCUGAUAAGGAACUCAGGGUCCAGCGACUGUUCUGCAGGGGGCCCGUCAUCCUCAGAUGCCAGGCAGGGCACAGCUGGGUUCACAGAGGCCCUGACUCCCCUCUCAUCAUGUGCCUCAGAGAUGCAUCCUAAGUGGCCCCAUGCCCCGGUGGAGUGCACGGAGCUAGACCUGCAGAAGUUUUCCACCCAGGCCGAGUUCAUGGGCACCAAAAGCCAGGAGGAUGCAGAGAAGCAGGCGGCUCAGAGGACCCGGAAACAUACAGAUGAGCUAACCCUUGAAGUUCCCCUGUUUGGUGCCUCUCUGAUAACACAAAGUGAACUUGUUCUGGAGCCUGUCAGGGGAUCAUCCUCAUCCUUCCAAAUUCCCACUGCUGAAGGCAGGGAGCAGCCUCAGGUGAAUGAUGUCCUGAGCCUUGUGUGUGAGAUUAGCAGCGUCACACAAGGUCUCCCCAUAAUACAGCUCCCCCACUCCUUGGUGCUGUUACUUGGCUUCCAGUUGGACCCUUGCUUGUCUGGUCUCAAGAAUUUCAGCCACGUGGGGGUGGAGCUGGGGGUCCCAUCCCAUCUGGUGAGCAAGAUGUCUGGAUUCAAGCAGCUCGUCGCUCACCUUGCCUCCUCAGGAGACACAGUCACUGUUCCUGCCCUGGCCCGGGUCCUACAGCGACUCCAGCGCUUCGAUGCCUUGCUCCUACUCUGCGAUCAUUUCAUUCUGAGCCGGGCCCAGGGCUGCCAACACUAGGAGAAACACACGUCGCUGCCUCAGCACAUAGAGGGAGCGGUAACUCCAAGCAUAGUUUUGGCUGGGUGAACCUGGGUUGUGUGGAGAUGGCCUUUGAAUGUUGGGGGUAGAAUCACAGUAGAAUGAUGAGUCUGUGAGUGCUCACUGAGUAAACUUCUCUCAACCACUGCUUGAGCCCUACCUCGUGCUGGUGAUGGUUGGCAGAUGCAUGUGGUACCUCCAAACACCACCUUUCUUCAUACGUGUUUAUAUUGAUGCCCAGAGACCUCGUGGCCCUCUUGGUCACCAUGCAUGGUUACAGGGCCAUUUGCCUCCAUGGGCAGGUGUGGAUUUAUAAUGGACCCUCGAAGCACACAGUGUUUCCUUGAAUCACAUCUCAGCUGUAAUGAUUGAACUCAUUGUGUGAGGGGCUGGGUGGGGGGUAUGAAAAUAUCCCCCAACUCUAAGAGGGAGCUCAGCGGGUCUGGACCCUCUGUGUUGGAUUUAUCCCCCUCAGCUGAUUGUAUCUUCCUCUUAGAGGCCUGAUCAUCAUUUGUUCUUCCCCCCCACUUUUUAGAGGUGGGCCUUCUCCAUUUGGCAGACGUAUUUUGCUGGUUUUCUGCUCAGCUUUCUGCUGUGGCCGCCUUUUUGUUUACUUCUCCUUUUGUGCGCCGACGAGGGGACCUGUUCUUGGAGAAGGGUUGUUUAGCUGCCACUCCUUUCUUUUUUUUGCCGGGGAGGAGGGACUCAUGCGCUGAAUUUCUGUGUGCCAUACCAGACUAGCGGUGUGUUUAAUUGUAUUUCCUGGCUGUGGAAUGGUACACUUUUCAUAAAGGGAUAUUUCGAAUUGAGAGUCAGGAUUUUUUUAAGCAUGGUGGAAUUUGCUCCAAUGCAGA